CUCAAUUUUGUCUAGAAUGUAGAGUUAGGAUUGCAAUAGGGAUUUAUGUUUAGGGUAGGGUAUAGUGUUACAAUGUAAAUCCAGGUUUGGAGUCAUGUGAUAAGUGUGCGGAAUUUACAGCGGAGCAAUUGUUACCAGAGCAAGGCACAAUUGUUUAUGAGUGCAGCAAGGAAAUAGUGUGGCUUAUAGCACAUAGGAAACAAGACCUUUGACUGCAAAAUAGAAGAGCAUUGUUUGAGAAACCAGUUCAUGAAUUUGAAUUUGAGAUGGAGUGCAGCUUGUAUCAUGAAAACAAGUAGAAUGCCAUGGCAGUCUCGCCUGCAUUACAUGAAUCAAUUCCGCAGAAGUGCUGACUUUGAAAACUAUAUAAAAAUAUAUUUUUACUAUUUUACUAUCUAAGAUAUGAUAUUCAAAAGACUUAACCUUGGUGAUAAGAUUUCAUUGUUGAUGCCGCCGCCAUUGAAAAAGCGGCUAUUCCUGCAUAUAACAAUAUUCAUAAUAAUAAUGAUAAUAACAAUAAUAAUAUUGGUAUUAUGUCUCACUACAAUACCAUCUUUAGAGGCAAUUUUCCAUCUUUGUAAUAAUAAUGAUAAUACAUAGAAUUUGUAUAGCACACUUUCCUUCUAAUUAGAUGCUUGAGGCACUUAAUUGGAAAUCACAAAAUGGGAGAAAUAAAGUAGAUAACAAGUUAAAUGAUAACCUUUUCAUCAGACUGGUCGUAGAUUUUUGUAUAUUUUGCCUCUCACAAGGUAGUUUGUGAGCUUCACAAUUACGCUCUCUCUCUAUCUAUUUGCUUUUACCACUCUAACCCAAUUGCUUCUAUAUUACUGUUUGGACUCAUCAAGUUGAUAUAACGUUUGUAUCAUCGAUUCAAAGACAUUGAUGCAAAUGCCUCUUGCCUUCAUUUCAAUGUACUCACAUAGACUAUCUGUAAUGCAUAAAGCGCAAAUGAGAAAGCAUGUCUGCAUGUGAUUCUGUUUGGCUCCUGAUUUUUUUACAACAUUCUACAUUCCAAAGGGAAGUCAGUUUAGAAGUAUUUCAACAAAGGAGGUAGAAGCCAUUGUCAGCAUUGUAAUAUUAUCAUCACAUUCAGAUACUUAUAACUUAUGGAAACAAUGAAGAUGGUUAACUUCAUUUAUCUUUUGUUCUUGUUACAUACAAGUCAAUCAAGAUGCCUGAAUCUCUGUGAUUGUGAGCGAAAAGCUUUCGUAAUCAAUAUAGCAUGCAGAGAGCGUGAUCUGGAUGACAUUCCACAGGACCUCCCAUGCAAUAUUGGUUUGCUUGACUUAAGUAGAAACUUCAUUACUACCCUCAAGAAAGAGUCAUUCUCAUGCCAAAAUGAGUUGGCAGCACUUCUCCUGUCCAACAACCAUCUCCGCAUCAUAGAGCAGAAAGUCUUUGAUGAUGCAGAACAUCUGGUAUACAUAGACCUCAGCUCAAACUUUCUUGAGAGUUUACCAUACCUUGGUUCUUUACCUUUCAUUCAAGAGAUAUCUAUCAUCCGGAAUUCUUUGACGGAUUGGAAUCAUCAAACACUCAGCAAUGUAUCAGGACCACACCUUUCAUCUCUUCGCCUUGCAUUCAACAAACUAAAGAAUCUACCGGAAUUUCAAUUUGAAAUAUCUGCUGUAGAUCUAAAGGGAAAUGCAAUCACUGACCUGUCAAAAAAAAUGUUUAUACAUCCAAGAACUGUAUCAUCACUGGACAUUUCCUACAACGAUGUUGAGUACCUGUACAGACUGCAAACAAUGGAGAAUCUUAAGACACUCUCUCUUGCAUUCAACCAAAUAAGAGAAAUUACAACCACUGUAUUCAUCCACCUACCUUCGAUUGAAACAAUCAACCUUAAAGGAAACAACAUUGUGGAUGUCUCUGCCAUCCAUGAUAUUCCACAUAUCAAGUCUAUCAUAUUAGACAACAAUCAAAUAAGAUCUAUAAAUAGACCAGCAUUCAAUAAUAUUCCAGAUAUAGAACAUAUUAAUUUGCAGCAUAAUAAAAUUAUUGAAAUCAAAGGUGAUUAUUAUUUCAAUGUACCAACUAGUCUUCUCCUCUCCCACAACAACAUGAUUGCAAUGAACAUAUUCCAAGGUAAAUAUCACUAUAACUUCACAGUUCUCAACGUCGAUGAUAAUAAUCUGCAAGUUCUUUCCCUCAUUUAUUUUCCUGAUAUAACUUAUAUGUUUGCCUCUCACAAUAAAAUUACAAUGUUGGAAUUUGGUAUUAAUGAUUAUGAACAUUUAGUAUACAUCAAUUUAUCCUGGAACUACAUAACAAACAUUACAAACUUUCAAAACUUGACAAAUGUACAAAGCUUGCACCUAUCGCACAAUUUCUUAACAAAGUGGAGUGAUCAAAAUUUGUUAGGAUCAUCUCAGCUCAUUCUCCUCAGAGUUAACGACAACAGAUUGUCAUUGCUUUCAAAUUUCACAGCUUUGCCAAGACUUAAAGAUCUAGAUUUGUCUGGCAAUGUACUUCACACUAUAGAACAGUCAUCCUUUCAAUUCCUACAAAGACUUGCGACUUUAAAUCUUGCCAAAAAUAAGAUUUCUCACCUUGGUUUUCUGAGGCCCAUUACCUCACUUAAAAUGCUGAACCUUAAUUACAACAGACUCGUGGCAAUCGACCCUAAAGAUUUCUCAAAUCUUAUUAAUCUAAGAACUUUACACAUAGCAUUUAAUUUGUUAGGAGAGGUUCCUACAAUUCCCAAAAGCUUGAACUCCCUUCAAAACCUUGACAUCAGUCAUAACCUAUUACCUAAUUUGAACCUUCACCAUGCCUUUAAUCAAAGCACACCCAUUUACAUCAAUGCAGCGGACAAUAGAAUUACCCAAGUUAUUUCAACUUCAAACUUGCAUCUGAAUAUUAAUAACAAUGCAAUUGGAGCUUCAAAUUCAAGUCUACUUUCAGCUGUAGGCAAUAUCUUUGCAUGCAACAAUAAAUUGACAGAUUUCAAACAUGUUAGAUUUUCAAGCACUUUGAAGGGACUUUAUCUAAACAAAAAUCAAAUAGCUACCAUACCAAAUUUUACAUUUGUUUUUGCAUCUUCACUCUUCUUUCUAGAAUUGGAUGAUAACCAGAUAGUUGAUAUAUCUCAUUUAGCUUUCAUUGGUCUUCAGUUUGUUGUCAGGAUAAAGCUAGAACGAAAUCGUCUGUCACACCUACAUUCUGGGGUGUUUUCAAAUAUUCAGGAGUUACAGCACCUUUAUUUAAAUGGAAAUCCUUUCAUAAUCAUUUCAAGUCGACUAUUUUCAGGAAUACCUGGUAUAUUGGGGAUAUAUUUUUCAAAUAUCCCAGCCUCAAACAUGUCCAUACAAGCGUUGCAAGAUAUUCAAACUGUAAGAUAUUUGGAUCUUCAUAAAAAUUUGGCGUUUCAAGCCUUGAUUAUUACAAACUCAAGUAUACAACAAGAUGUUGCUUUGGAAUUUUCAAAUCUGCUUGUAUUAAAUCUCUCUUCAAACAAUCUUGGAAAUUCUUGUCCAUCGUUAUUAAUAACUACUCUGAAUGCAAUUGAUUAUUCUAACAACACAAUUACUUCAAUCCCAAGACUUUGUCUACCAAUAAAGAGUAGGCCAUACAAUCUCUUCUUGUCACACAACCAAAUACAAAAUGUCUCCAAAGAUUCAUUUGAUAAACAUCAGCAAUUCCAGUUGUUGGAUUUAAGGUAUAACAAUAUUGUGUUCUUUGAAUUAGGUUCCUUACAACAUCAGACACACUUGAUAUAUUUAUAUCUUCAAGGCAACCAACUCACAAAAAUUCACCUUGCUAUCUCAACAUUCUCUUUGAAGCCGAUAUUUAUCUAUUUACAAAAUAACCAUUUGUCAUGUGAUUGCCAACUCUUAAAAAUUAUUCGAGCACUCAGACAAAUCCACAAACCAACAUUUUGUCAAAACCCUUCUCUACAGGUCAACUCCUCUAUUGCUGAGCUGACUGGCACUGACCCUUUUAAAUGUCGCCCACAACUGUGCUCUCCACCAUAUCAACCUAUGCUUUUGUUUGUCGGUGACAAAAUGAUUGAGUUACCUUGUCCAAUUAAGACAUCAAACAACAUAUACUGGUCAGUCUCAUUAAAAGGGCAGCAACUAUUAACCUCUCUCUUGCCAGAUGGAGUGGAAAUUCUUCCUCAUCAUGCUCUUAUUAUCUCUUAUGUCAGGAAAAACCUGACUGGACUUUAUAGCUGUUGGGCUGAGAAUGAAGGUGGUCAAACAAAGUUUACAGCAGAAUUACUUGUAGAGGAUAAGAUAGGAAACAUGAGGAAAGGGAAUUAUAACCAUUCAGUAAUGUUAGCCAGUAAGUGGAAGGACACACUUGUAUGUGGUAACAAACCAUUUGCUUCAAGUCAAUGUAAUAUCAUCAGCAAAUCAUAUAACUCAUUGUUUGUAUUGGCGCUAGGUAUCCACUCACUUAUCACAAAGUAGUAAUAGGCCAAGAAUACUAUAUACUCUUAAUACAAACGUAAACACCUUUUUUUUUAAUGAACUAAGCAGAAAGUAAUAAUUUUCAUUAUAAAUCACAACACAAUUUAAGAGAUUUUUAAAUUUACUUUUCAUGUAGGCCUACUAGAUUUUCGAAAAAUAAAGUCUCUAUUGCAUUAAUUGGUUUCUUUUAUUUCCAGAAUAAAUUACCUCUUAAUAUCCAUAAAAUGUUUACCCUUAAUCACCAGAUACACAAUCAUAGUACCAGUUUUUAAAGAACCAUUCCACCUAUUGCCAGUUAAAACUAAUAACAUUAUGAAAUGUAUAAGACAUAAUUUCCCUGUGAUUUGGAACUCCACCCCUAGAGAUGUAAAUGAAAGCAAGUC